CUGAUUUUUCUUUGUUACUGUGAUUCAAUGAUGAAUUUCUAAUUUUUAAUUAUGGUAGCAGGUCUUGCUAUCUAGAGCAGAGACAAAAGUUAAAGAAUUACAGAAAUCAAUUAAACUUCUGAAGGAUACAAGUGUAACGUUGGAGAAUGAUGAGGUAGCAGCUGAAGGAGAGAUGAUACGAGGAAGGACAAAACUCAGGCCAAAUGAAUCCGUAGUGCCAUACAGUCAGCGUACAAGAUAGAAAGGCAAGCUGCAGGUUUGCAAUUAAAAGGGAGAGGACCAGAGAUAGAGAUGAUGAUGAACGUCAUCGAACUCGAGAUUAUGACCAGCACAGAGAUCAUGACAAAGAUAGAGAGAGUCGGCAUAGACACAGGUCUCGCUCAAAGGGUAGAUCUAAACGUAGAUCAAUGUCUCGAUCGCAUUUUCAAUCCAAGAGGAGCUGCUGUUGAUGGAGAUGCAGCAGUACACGCUGACCAAAAUAACACAGAGAGAAAAAGGUUGCAACAUUCCUUCACUGCUCACCCGAAGGUUGACCCUAUAACUGGGGAGAUAUUUACUUUUGGCUACUCACAGACACCACCUUACGCUACGUAUAGAAUCAUUUCCAAGGAUGGUGUCAUGCAAGAUCCAGUUCCAAUAACAAUACCAGCAUCUGUUCUGGUGCACGACUUUACUAUUACUGAAAAUUAUGCAAUUAUGAUGGAUCUUCCAUUGUACUUCAGACCAAAGGAAAUGGUGAAAAACAAACAGCUGACUUACAGCUUUGACUCUACAAGGAAGGUUUGCUUUGGAGUUCUUCAACGCUACGCAAAAAAUGAAUCCCUAAUCAAGUGGUUCGAGCUGCCUAACGGCUUCAUAUUCCACAAUGAGGGAGAUGAUGUGGUCUUGAUCACUUGCCACCUGCAGAAUCCAGAUCUAGACGUGAUUAAUGGAACUGAAAAAGAACAACAGCGUGACGGUUUCACAAAUGAACUGUAUGAGAUGAGGUUCAAUAUGAAGAAUGGUCUAGCAUCAUAGAAGAAAUUGUCAGAGUCAGCUGUUGAUUUCCCACGGGUCAAUGAGAACUACACUGGAAGGUCAGCUGUUACAAGAUUUUUCAUUUCAAUUCUGAAAUUUCUGCACUACAUGUAUAAAUAUCCAGGAUGUGGAUUAAUGGAUGUUGAAAUGCAGCGUAGGAACACCUUUAUCUGCUGUCUGUCUCUCUUGCUUCCUCUUUUGUUCACAGUGUUGAGAGAAUGGUCGCCUUAAUUUUAGUGAUUUGAUCAUCUCAUUUUCACUCCUUGUGUCAUCGUAAUAAAAGUGACUUCUGAAAAAAUUUAAGAAGCAAUGCUAUGUAUAUGGAACCAUGUUAAACAACAUUGCCAAGAUCACAGGAGUUGUCAAAUUUGAUUUUCAUGCGGAACUAGAGACUGGAAAAUCAAAGCUUGAAGUCGGUGGAAUGUUCCUAGAAUUUUUGACCUUGCACCUGGAAGAUUUGGCUCAGAGGCAAGUAUAUUGUUGUUCAUAAGGACUGUCAGCGAGUAGUACAUUUUCGGCGUGCUGGUCCACGCCAGAAGGGAGACUACAGAUAUGCAAAAAACACUUAUCAAUUCGACUCCAAAGCUUGUAAAUGAUAUUCAUAAACGUGGUGGUACAAUACUUGGGACGUCACGAGGAGGCCACGAUACCACAAAGAUAGUUGACAGCAUAUAGGACCAUGGAAUAAAUUCGGUACCCCAACUAUGAAAAUUGUCUAAAUACAUCUAUUGCGGAAUCUUAGAGGACCUUUUCUAAUUGCCAUACAGUAGCUUGUUUAAGCUUGACACCAUCUGAUUUCAACCUCCCAAAGCUUUGUCUGAACGAGGAUUUGCUAUGAAGCCUGAUCCUUUAUUGGCUCCUGGAAAUACAACUAUUUCUUCUCCCUGGACUUACGACAAUGUAAAUGUGAGCAUCCAGUAGUAUGUUAUUCCCAUGAUUGUAUAAAACAUACAUUUAGGAUCAAUUUCAUCAACUGAUCCAAUCAAACGGGAUAGUCCCUUACUGUUACAUUUUCAUUUUAUUCUACUAUAUGCGUUGCACGGGCA